CGCCGUAUCGCCGUGAGGCUGGCCCCGCGGUUCCCCGCAGAGGUGGCGUUCACAGUUUCGCCUUGCGUCGCGCCAUUAACCCCCGAGUUUUCUUUACAAAACUGUUAACUUGCGUCAGAAUCGGCCGGUCAUCGUGCCCGCUUUGUCGCGGCUGGCUUAGCUAGUAGCGGCCCCCGCUGUGUCUUGUCCGCCGACCCAGAGGCGGAGACGAGAGAGACAAUCGGUGUGCGGUCCCGGCGAGAGGCCGUUUGGGAUCUUGUGCGAUGGAAGGGAUUUGAUUCUGGCUCAGUGUUACAGACGUGAUUCAUCACACAGAUUUUCACACGCCUUACGCUCGGCUGUAUAGAGGUGAAGCUGAGCGAUCAUCCAUUCAUAACCACAGGUUCCCAGUGUGCCGCCGACGUCGGCGCCUUCCCUCGGCCGAGCGCACAGCCGCAGUUAAAGGCGCAGGACAACAUGGGACUGCUCUCUGAUCCCAACAGACGGCGUGCGCUGAUCAACAUGCUCACCUGCCUAAAUGCUCCUCUCUGUGUGAUCUGCUACAUAGCGGGUGUGGCGUGGUUCAUGGGCCUUGCCUUUGAGCCGUUCACGCUGCGCACCUACAUGUCGGAGAACGCCAUGGGAUCCACCAUGGUGGAGGAGCGCUUUCCGGCAGGGGAGAGGGCUCUGGUCACUGCCAGGGAGUUUGCAGCUCAUAAAAAGAAAGCCGGUGGGAUGCCAGUGGAUUGGUUGGUGAAGACCAUGCAGUCUCACGGCCUUGAGGUGUUUACCCAAAGGUUUUCCCGCACCCUGCCCUUUCCUGAUGAAAACAAAGAGCGAUAUAUGGUGAAAGGCACAAAUGUGUAUGGGAUCCUGCGGGCCCCCAGAGCCCCGCGUACUGAAGCGCUGGUGCUGAGUGCCCCCUGCAGCCCAGGGAAUAGCAAUAACCAGGCUGUAGGGCUGCUGCUUAGCCUGGCACAGUACUUCAGGGGUCAGAUUUACUGGGCCAAAGACAUCAUCUUCCUGGUGAAUGAGCAUGACCUGAUAGGUAUGCAGGCCUGGCUUGAAGGCUACCACCACACUAACACUACAGGUAUGGACUGGUCUCCCCUGCAAGGGCGUGGUGGCUCCAUCCAAGCAGCCCUGUCCCUGGAGCUCAGCAGUGAUGUCAUUACCAGUUUGGACUUGGUUCUGGAGGGACUCAAUGGCCAGCUGCCCAACCUUGAUCUGGCCAACCUCUUUUAUGCCUUCUGUCAAAAGAUAGGGAUCCUCUGCACUAUCCAGGGCAAGCUCCAGAGGAAUGACUGGGACACUGUAUCUGGCUACAGUCACGCCGUCCAGACCAUGAUGCUAAUGGUGUUAAAGCAGGCCAGCGGGCGGCCCUGGGGGGACCAUGGCCUUUUCCUGCGCUACCAUAUUGAGGCCGCCUCCAUCAGGGGCAUCAACAGUUUCCGCCAGUACAAGACGGACACCAACACUAUCGGCAGACUCCUGGAGGGGAUGUUUCGUAAACUGAAUAACCUCUUGGAGCGCCUGCACCAGUCCUAUUUCUUCUACCUUAUGCCCUCACUCUCGCGCUUCGUCUCCAUCGGCUACUACAUGCCAGCCUUCGGCCUGCUCGCCAUGGUCCUGCUGCUUCGUGCCUUGGACUUGUGGGUUCAACUAGCAACUCCACCAGCAAGAACGGAGGAUGGCAUCGCAGACGUCGAACAGCCCUCGAAUCCAGGAGUGCUUUCCUUGCUGACUCCGCUGGUGAUCAGCCACCUGACAGGUGUAGCUCUGUACACCUUGCCCAUCAGUUUUCAGGAGAUGGCCAUAGAACACUUCCCCGUGUCUGAGACGGAGGCUGUGGUCCUGACCGCUAUCGCCAUUUAUACAGCGGGCCUGGCUCUCCCUCACAACACACACAGGCUCCUGUCAGGAGAGGGUACGGAACAGGGCUGGAGAGUGCUGAAGCUCGUGGCCGUUCUGUACCUGGCUGUGCUGCUGGGCUGCACUGCCCUCAUCAACUUCUCCCUGGGCUUUAUCCUGGCUGUCACCCUGGUGCCCAUGGCCGCCUACAUCACACCCCACGUGCCCAAGGUCCUGUCGGCCUUCAUCAUGGUGAUCCUCAGCCCGGGCUUCACGCUGCUCUUCGCCGUCUUCUUCUUCCAGGAGCUGCAGGAGACGCCCGUCAACCUGCAGGAGGGCUGGAUGCUCUUCCUGUCCGUCAUCUCGCAGGGCAUCCUGGACCAUUCCCUGUACGGGUCUCUGGUCUACCCUCUGGCGGCCCUGCUGAUCUAUCCCUGCUGGCUGAUCUUCUGGAACAUUCUCUUCUGGAAAUAGACGCCGCUCGUGCCAAACCUAGCCGGGGUUCUCUCAUGGAGGUUUAGACGUCCUCCGUCCUCCAACCCUAACAGGUGCUCUCGGGUGGGUUUUUGCCAGGAGGACACAUGGAGGACACAGUCCUCCAUUACAGACCCGUUGUGUGCAGAAGGUGAAGCAGCCGGGCGAUUUGGGAAGAACACGGCCCCUUCUUUUGUUGUUUUCGAUGUAUUUAUUUGCACUUGAACUGUGGCGUUCAAGUCUAGACAUGUGUGAAAGAAAAAGGUGGUGGUACUUUUUUGAAGCAGCUGUACGUGUGAUGGAUGGGUUUGUUUUGAUUUGUCCUCACAUACUGGGUGGGAUGUGGGUUCAGGCUGUCUGAGAACUGCUUAACGGCUCACUUUUUUUUCUUUUUUGUUUUCUUUUUUCCUUUCUUUGUAUCCGAGGAAAAUACGGCACUGAUUUGUUUUUUAUGUUGGAAUGUGUUAUCGGAGCAACCGGGAGCACGUAGCAGGAUUCCUCUUGAAGGAAAAUAGGCCGGUUGCUCUGCCCUAAUUUAGGAUGGUGGAAGAAAAGGAGUAAAUAACUCAUUUAACUGGAGAACGCUAAACUAGGCGGCUUUCUGACCCCACUCCAACCCGGACAUACCUGGAAAUUUAUCACUACCAAUGUUUUUAUACUCGCUUGUUUAGUAACGUUGCUUUAACCAUGUGUUGUAUGAAUGAAUGCUCCAAUUGAACGUAAACUGAUGUGAUUUUUUUUUGGGGGGGGGGGGUCCCCACCUUUUCUCCCCAGUUGUACCAAGCCACUCUUCUGAGCCGU